GGAGCCAAUUACACGGAUUAGCAGCAGAACUGACGCACAAAAUGACCGAUAAAAUUGACCUCAACAAAGCCCCCGAAAGCUAUGCGCCCUACACUUUCAACCUGUCGGACAAGUUCAAAAUUAUGGCACAGGAUGAGCUGCGCGAAGAUGACGAUAUGCGGGACAAUGCUCUGAAGCAGUUCCGCGAGUGGAUUGCCAAACAUCCGCUUAUCAGGAAGUGUCGUACGGAUGCACCGUUUCUGUUGAGGUUCCUGCGCACGAAAAAGUUCUCCAUUCCGGCUGCAACGGAGAUGCUGGAGAAGUACCUGACGAUCAGGCAGAUGUAUCCGCACUGGUUCUUCAAGCUGGACAUUAACGACCCGGACCUGGAAGCGAUCAUUGACAGUGGGUAUCUGUAUUCGUUGCCAGAGCGUGAUGAGCAGGGCCGUAAGCUCAUGUUCUCCAAUGCCGGAAAGUUUGACACGAGUCGGUUCACCUCCACACAGCUGAUCAAGAUCCACUCGAUGGUGCUGGAGGCGCUGCAGGACGAGGAGGAAUCACAGAUCUCGGGAUACAUUCACGUGACGGAUGACUCGGAGCUGAACAUUGGAUUUCUGGGCAUUUGGUCGUUUACGGACAUCCGCAAUCUGGCCCACUGUAUGCAGAACUCGCUGCCGAUGCGCCAGAAGGAGAACCACUUUGUUAACCUGCCCUCGUUCGCGAACAAGCUGUCCGAGUUCAUACUGUCGGUGUUGAGUGAGAAGCUGCGCAACCGCGUCUUCGUGCACCGGGGCUGGGACGAGCUGAAGACCAAAAUCAAUCCGAAGUUGCUUCCGAAGGAGUACGGUGGCACCGUACCGGAGGCGGAGUGUAUCGCUUUGUUCAAGAAACAGCUCAAGGAGCGCCGUGAUAUCGUGUUAGCGCUGGACGAAAUGGAGAUCGAGAUCAACAAGAGUACGAUCCCGUGGGCUGACAGCACGGAUGCAGACAUCGCGAGUGGUGUCAUCGGAAGCUUCCGUAAGCUGGAAGUGGAUUAA